CGACGGUCCGAUAAAACCCCGCUUCACCACCAUUUAUCUCUCCCAAUACUCCCAUUGUACCAGAGAUUUCUGGAGGAUCGAAGAAAUGUGCAACAAAACAUCGACCUGAGCUCCACGGUUCACUCUCAACCUUGAAUGUACCAAAAUCUCCUGGAACAAUGAAAAUGGAGCGAAAUGCAACAAUGACCCCCGUUUCCAGGAUUCACUCCCGCCGGCUCAAAAUCUCAAUGUACCAAAUCGUCAGGAACAUCUCAGGUGAAGCAAGAUGUAACAUUCCCUUCGAACCACUCUCCACUUCGUCACUCGAAAUACACGAAAUGAAGUAUGAGCAAAAGGGGUAUCAUCUUCGUUCGCUAUUGGUACUCCUCCAGAGUCCUUCUUUCGCUAUCUCGCUCUCACUCGCUCUGCUCCUAUCAAAUAUAUACUCCGCUCUCCAUCAUCAUCUCUCAUAACACCAUUUUAACACCCGCUCGUUCAACACCAUUCCACCCAACGCUGAAAACAAACAAAAGAAAUAAUUAUAAGUGGAGCGGACCCUCCUCUCCUUAGAAGGUAGAGAGAGGUCCUG